AUGGCGGCGGUCCGCGCGGCGCGGCCCCCCCCGCCUCCGGAGCGCGACGCCCGGCCGCAGCGGGACCGGGCGUCUCCGCCGAGCAUGCUGGGGGAGCUGGAGCAGCUGUGCGACGAGGACAAGCACGCCCAGGCCCUGGCAGGCGCGUGGCGCUGGCUGGGCCUGCCGGCCGACUGGCCCCAGGCCGACUUCCAGUCCGGGCGCAGCUCGGCCUCCACCGCGCCCGCGGCCCUGCCCGGCAGCGGCGGCGGCCCGCGCGGCGGCGAGGCGCAGGUCGCUCCGUCGCGCACGGACGACGAGGCCGAGAGGGUCGCGAUCCUCUGCGCCCUGUGCUGCGCGCGGCUGGCAGAGGAGCAGCUGCGCGAGCAAGGCUUGGAGGCGGCCUGGAGGCUCUCCGAACGCGCCCGCGUGAUCUGCGAGGCGCCCGCCUGGCGCGACCGCUGGCUCCGGGACCCGGCCUGGGCGUCUGCAAGGUGCCUCUGGCUGCAGAAGCGCGCCGAGUCCCUGCGACUGGCGGGGCAGCGGCAGGUGCAGGAGGAGGGUCUCGACCCCGCCGCGUGCCGCCACCUGCUGGAGUCGAGGCGCUGCCUGUUCGGCUGCGAGGAGGUGCUGGCAGUGUGGCCAUGCUGCGUCGGGUGCCCCCAGGGCGUGUACUUGUGCUUGGCCGACACUUGCUGGCAGAUCAAGGACCUCGACGGCACGCGCCGCGGCUGCCUGGCCGCGCUGGGGCCGCUCUGGCCGCCCGGCCCGCGGCCCGCGGGUGCGCCGCGCGCCCCGGCGGCCGAGGCCUACGCGGCCGUCUUCGCCCUGGACCUGCUGCAGCAGGCGGCGGUCGAGGAGCGGCGGUGGUCGGAGGUCGGCGCCGCGCUGCUGCGCGCCCAGGAGCUCGCACCUCGGGGCCGCGGCGAGGUGGGCGACGCCGGGAAGCUGCUCCGGUCCAUGUACCGCCGCGCCGGCGCGGUGCCGAUGGAGCACCGGCACAGCAGCCUGGCCCCGCCUUCGCCCCUCCGGAGCCGCCGCAGUCGGUCCGUCGCGCCGGCCGCCCAGGAGCGCCACGGCGCCGCAGGCGGGGCCCGCGGGUCGCCCUCGAGGGCGCGCAGGCGGACGCUGACGCCCGAGCAGAGGCCCUGGCGGCAGAACACGGCGUGCCCGCAGAGCCCGCGGCGCGCCGGGGAGGGCGAGGCGCUCGGGGAGCCCUGGCAAGAGGAGACCAUCCGCAACUUCCUGGCCGCGGCGUGCGCUGGACCCGCCCCAGCGCGCGCACCGCCGCCACCGCCAGCGUCAGCUGUUGCCCGGGCUGGGCCACACGCCGCCAGUGCGCCGGGGUGCGGCUCCGCGCCCGCGCUGGCGGGCGGCAUGACUGCGUUCGCACGGGCGCCAGAGCGGGCGAGCUUGGAGCCGCGCCCCAGAGGCACCGCGGGGGCUGGAAGCGGCGCGGCCGGGGCUACGCUGGCGCCAGUCUUCAGCGCUGGGGCCUCCCAUGGCGGGGCCGCCGAGCCGCAGGCGCCUGGAGUUGCCGUCUGCAGCCCGCCUGGUUGCGGGGAGUCCGCCAGCGCAUCGUCCAGUACCCUGCUGGCGGCGACACUGCAAGCGCAGGCGAUACACGCCAGGGGCUUCGAGCCUGCAGCAGGCCGCGCUGGAGCCACCGUUGAGGAUGCCGUCGAGUGCAGCCGCCCUAGUAGCCGCGAGGAGCCCCGUGUUUGCUCAGACGCCGACCUGAAGCUUGGGGGUCUCACCCUGGAGGACGUGUUGACGCUUGGGGCCCGCACGGUGGAGGCGUGCCAGCGGCAGGCUGUCCGCAUGGAGGAGUUGCAGAGCUCGAUGCUGAAAUUGGUGCCGAGCACCCCAGCUUCCUCAGCCACGCCUGGCCCGAAGCCCACGUGGGUGGCGGACCCGCUCCGCAGCUCCGUUGGCGCUGCAAAUUUCGACUGGCGUGCGGCACUCGAGCGCUCGCUGGCCGCCGCGGCAGCGGACGCCGCCGCUGACGCGGAGCCGAAGGAAGAGACGGCGCCUUGCAGCAGCGCCGCUGCUGGCAACGCAGGAACCGCAUCGGUUGGCACCGCGGCAGCGGACGCCGCCGCCGACGCGAAGCCGAAGGAGGAGACGGCACCUCGUGGCAGCGCCUCUGCUGGCAACGCAGGAACCGCAUCGGUCGGCACCUCCAUCGGCGCGCUGCCGGAGGAGGCGGUAGCUUGCGGCGUCGCGGCCGCGGCGGGCGCUGGUGCCACGAUCGUUGGCACCUCGGCCGCUGCGCCGCUGGAGGAGGUGACGCCCUGCGGCAGAAGGGCCUUCGGCGAGAAGGCGGCCGGCGCCGCCGCGGACCCCGGUGGCUCCAGAGGAGGCGCCGCGGAGGUGCCGCCGCCGCCGGCGGCAGAUCCGCGCCCGCUGGCGCCACAGGCCGAGGAGGCGCCUCGCGGCGGCCUGGCCGCCGGCGCCGCGGUGGCCAGCACCGGCGAAGCUGACGCGCCAGAGGGGCCGGCCUCCUGCACAGGCCCGGCCGCUGUGGGCGGGAGCGCCGUGGUCGUCGGUGCGUCCGCCGGCGCCACGCCGAAGGGCGCGGCGCCCUGCGAGGGCGCUGCCGCCGGCGCCGCGGCGGCCGGCACCGCCGACGAGGCGCCCUCCAGGAGCACCUCGCUCGCGUCCCUGCCGCCCGUGGAGGAGAUCCUGCCCGACGCGGGGCUCCCGCUGGUCCCGACGCUGACGCUGUCCUGGGCCGUGGCGCCGCGGCCCGCGGCGGACGGCCCUGCGCCAGGGCCGGGGGGCGCGAGGCCCGCGCGAGGGGAGCCAGAGGCCAAGGACCCCGCGGGGCCACCUGACGCCUCGGCAGCAGCGGCGACUGGCCUCGCGCAGGUUCAUCCCAAUUGCUGGGCCUACGACGCGGUGGUCAGUGGCGCCGUGGAG